CUCCUACAACAGCUCCGCCAUGAAGGUCCUGCUGGUACUCCUCGUCGCCGUCCUUGCUGUGGCCGUGGCUAGACCCGGCUACCUGGGCGCUGCGCACGGUGUAGUCCCUGCCACCCACGCAGUGGUGGCCGCGCCCCACGCCGUCGUCGCCGCCCACGGCGCCCACGGCGUCCACCCUGGACUGGCCGCCUACGGCCCGGCUCACAUCGCCGUCGGCCCCGGCGGCUACGUGCAGGACACACACGAGGUGGCCGCCUCCAGGGCCGCCCACCUGAGCGCCGUCGCCCAGACGCAGGCCCGCGACGCCCACAUCAACAGCGCCUACGCGCACGCGGCCCUCGCAGCCCCCGCCGCCGUCCUCGCCGCCGCUCACGCCCCCGGCCUGCUCGGAGCUCACGGCCUCGGCUACGCCCACGGACACCUGCCCAUCCACGGCUGAGGCCUGCUGUCGCGCCGAACGCCCCACCGCCGACAUCUCAAAUUGUGUACAAACUAACUUAUAAGUAAAUAAACAUCGGCACAUCGAUAUGAA